UUAAAAACACGGGUUCAGAAACCUGACUACAUGUGACUCAAGAUGGUAUUUAGAAUUUUUUAAACUAUUUUUCCAUAAAGUUUUUCCAACAACUUGUUCGUUCUCAAGGACUCAGUGCUCCAACUUGAUCUGUGCAGACAGGACCCUGCACCUAUGUGGAGCCUGAUCAGAGACAAUGGUUCUCAACACAGGUGCAGGGCCUAAUUUUUUUUCUUUUCUAUACAUAUACUCUGUGUGUGUAGUAGGGUCCUGAAUAAUUUUGCUUGAAUGUUUUGACUGUCACUGUUUUUCCCCUAUCUGUUUCCUAAGACUCAAAUUUGGAGCCUCUUAAACUUCAUAAAGUCUUAGCAAAUAAUGUAUCAUAGCAAUGUUGGCUAAACUGGUUUAUCUUUUUUCAUAACAAUAGCUGGUGUUUUAUGUUUUACAUGGAAACUUUCAAGUGGAUAUAGCAGUGGUUCUCAAACUUUUGUAGUGGUGACUGACACCUGUCACACAGCAAGCCUCUGAGUGCGAGCCCCCCAUAUAAAUUAAAAACAUAUUUUAAUAUAUUUUACACCAUUAUAAAUGCUGGAGGAAAGGAGGAUUUGGGGUGGAGGCUGGUAGCUCAUGACCCCUCCAUGUAAAUAAACUUGCAACCCUCUGAGGGGUCCCAACCCUUUGUUUGAGAACCCCUGGGAUAUAGCUUGAAACAGCUGUUUUACAUAACCCUGAAAAUAACGGUUUCUGUUCGAAACAGAUUCUUAAAAAUCUGUGGUGACUUCAGGGGAGAAACUUAGACAACACUCUUCCUGCACAAAUUGCUGUCUUAUCUGUAUUUUUCUUUUUACAAUUAUUAGGAUGUUUGCAUGAAAAUGGAAAUGUUGGCUCUUAAGAGUGAGUUUGGAACUAGAUAGCCCUGAAUUUUUAAUGGAAUAUGAACUCUUUUGCUUUGUCACCUGUUUAAAGUCAGUAACAAAGUCAGAUUUGUCUGAUAACUGAUAGAUGGCUUAUUUGUAGGUCCCUACCAAAUUCACAGUCCAUUUUGGUCAAUAUCAUGAUUAUAGGAUUUUAAAAACUGUAAAUUUCAUGAUUUCAGCUAUUUAAAUCUGAAAUUUCACAGUGCUUCCAUUGAAGGGGCCCAGACCCAAAAAGGAGUUGUUGGUUGGGGGAGGGAGGGGUUCACAAGGUUAUUGUAGGGGGAAUUGCAGUAUUGCUACUAUUACUUCUGCCCUGCUGCUGGUGGCAGUGCUGCCUUUAGAGCUGGGCAGCUGGAGAGAGGUGGCUGCUGGCCGGGAGCCCAGGUCUGAAGGCAGAGCCGCCGCCAGCAGCAGCACAGAAGUAACGAUGGCACGGUAUGGUAUUGCCACCCUUAAUUUUGCACUGCUGCCUGCAGAGCUGGGCCACUCUUUGGCUACCCAGCUCUGAAAGCAGCAGUGCAGAAGUAAGGGUGGCAUGGUGUGGUUUUGCCACCCUUAUUUCUGCGCUGUUGCUGGCGGGGCGCUGCCUUCAGAGCUGGGCCACCCAGCUCUGAAGGCAGCUCAGCAGUAAGGGUGGCAAUAUCAUUACCCAACCUCUCAAAAUAACCUUUUGACCCCCUCCCCCUCAUAACUCCCUUCUGGGUCAGGACCCCCAAUUUGAGAAACGCUGGUCUCCCCUAUGAAAUCUGUAUAGUGUAGGGUAAAAAAGCACACAAAAGACCAGGUUUCACGGUCCAUGACGCGUUUUUCAUGACCGUGAAUUUGGAAGGUCCCUACUUAUUUGAACUGAGUCUGGCUUCACUUCUUUAAGUUAUCUGUUGUAAACAAGCCUCUCUGCAAUCAUUUUCUUCUCAUAGCUAAUGUCUAAUUAAUAGACUUCCACAUCACAAAAAAAGAGAGUCAAAGUUGGCACCCGUUCAGCCUUCACAGAUAAAAGGAUGAUGGAAUGGCCAUGGAACCUAAACUACCAUCAUAUCUCUAAAGUUAGUCCCCUCAGUUAAGGAUUUCGAGGCACUUUGAUGGGUCAGUGUGGAAAUGGUUCAUGGAAAUAUAAGUAACUUAAGUAUCUAAAAUAUUAUCAGUUUUUCAUGGUACAUUAGCAUGUAUUUAAUAUCAGUGGUACCAACCACUGAUGAGACUACUAAUCAGUGGAUAUUCUUAACUUUAACAACUUUUAUUUUGGAGCCUCAAGGAUCAAAAGGGGCUGAAGCUUUUGUAAAUGCCUUUCUGAAGCGUAGUAUGCCACGACUGAAAGAUGAAGCCAUCCAGGAUAAGCUAACCCGAAAAGCUGUAGUUCUUGAGCAUUGUCCUAAAAGAAGGAAAAAGGAAAAAAGGAAGAAAACAAAAGGGUUUUCUGCCAAGCAGAGGAGAGAAAUGCGUCUCUUUGAAAUUAAACCAGAACAGCAAAAAUAUGAGUUGUUUCUACCAUUACAUGAACUCUGGAAACAAUACAUCAGGGAUCUGUGUAAUGGACUCAGACCAGAUGCACAACCACAGAUGAUUCAGGCCAGAUUGCUAAAAGCUGAUCUCCAUGGAGCUAUUGUUACAGUAACUAAAUCAAAAUGUCCCUCUUAUGUUGGGAUCACGGGAAUUAUUCUGCAGGAAAUGAAGCAUAUUUUCAAAAUUAUCACUAAAGAAGAUAAAUUAAAAGUUAUUCCCAAGCUUAACAAUGUAUUUAGCCUGGAGGUUGAUGGCUUUAUUUCCCACAUCUAUGGUAGCAAGUUCCAGCUUAGAGCAAGUGAGCGUUCUGCAAAGAAGUUCAAAGCAAAAGGAACUAUUGACCUAUGAUUUUAAGGAAAUUCAAAGAUAUUGGGGCUUCGUUCAUAAACUGAAAAUCAAGUUAAAAAACAAGAACAUAUGGAAUUCUACAUCUUCUAAAGUGUCUCUUUAUACAGAAGUAUGAGUUACAAGACACAUUUUAAGUUGCAUCUGUUUUUAUGUACUAGGUGGUCUCCCAGAAUCCUCAGAUUGCAGUAAUAUGUCAAUAUUUCAUUUCCUGAAAAUAUAGUGUAUAACAUUUUGGUCUUUUUUAAUAGUAAACUAAUAUUUGUGAUUCACAUCACUUUGUUUUUAAAAAUAAAAUCCUUUUCCCAAUUAUUUUUUGACUUUAAUUGUGUUGGGUUAGUGUAUAUAAUAGAUGUCUCAUUGUACGUAUUUUUCAAGUAAAUCACACUGUGGAACAUGUAUGAAUUCCAAUUCGUGAUGUUAAAAGUUGUCUCUCUAUGAUGUGUUUCAUGGACAGACAGGGUUAUAUGGAGGAAUUUACCAUACUGAAAAUGAAUUAAAUCUUCUUUACAACUUGUUUUUAAAUUCUGUGUUUUGGUUUCCAUACAUAUUAUAGAGCUUGUAAGAAGACUGUAAAAGACGUAAGGCUUUUACAGUAUAAUCACCAUUUGGUGGUGUAAAUGCAAUAUAAUUUUUUAUGACUUAAAAUUUAUACACUUGCUUUGUGUAAACUAUUUUCUCCUAGAAGCAGGAGCGACUGUUUCAUCUGAUCAGUUUUAUUUUGACCUAUCUGUGACACAUACCAGUGCUUACAAACAAUAUACAAAUGAGGGAAGUAUAAAUGCAUAGAUAAGUUUAGCACAGUCUUUCUAGCUGCCAAGGAUAUCACUAUAGCUUGUGACUUCUCACUGUGGUGUGACUUGUCACUUCAUUAAAUUUCUUGUCUACUCUGCCAGAUCACCCAUUCUGGCUGUCUUGCAUUGGAAGGGCUAACUCUGCAAUGAUCCCUUUAAAAUAAUAGGACACUUGUAGAUUUCACUGUGGAACAGAAAAUAGUAUCUUCACAGGGGAGAGGUUUGCUCAAUCCUUUCCACUUUCCUCCAAUCUUUCUGACUUUUUUUUUUUAAUUAUUUGCAUAUUAUAUGGAGAUCCCUCUGUUUUGAAACUCUGACAAUUAUUAGAUCAAGGCAGGCUGAGAGGGAAGAGCAUUUAAAUACUAGUAUUCUAGUGUGGCAAACAAGAAGGCCUAGUCCGUGGUUGCUCCUGAGUGCCUUUUAAGGUUGUUCAAAGAAUAUUAAACAGAGGGCGGGAAAUGCUUUUAACAUUCCUGAAAAGAAGUCUCAUAUUAAGCUGUGUAAUGCAAAGGUUCUUUAUCAUUGCACCCUGACUAUGUUGAGGAAAUUAAGGGAAUAUCUUUUAUAGAAACUGCAAUUCUUGGGCAAAAUGUGUUUCAAAGAUUACUGUGCUGAAAUAAAAAAAAUUUCAAAUGCAGGCUUAUGUUGUAGUAAAAAGGAAGAAGGCAUUAAUUUGGUCAGGAUUAUAAAGGUAGCAUGUCUGAAAACAGAAAAUAUCCUUGUAGGUAGAAUUCUCAAUGCAUAAAAUCUUUCCUUUCAGAAUAAGUGUUAUUUGGCCAUGGGAACAUAACAGAGAAAAGGGUUUAAAAUAACAAAAGCGUAAAAACAUAUUGGCUAAGCUAAAUUUAGCCCUUCCUUGCCAGUUUUGUCGGUCUGGAACAUAGGACAUAUCACUGGCAAGGGCUUCCUGGGUGCAGGAAACCCUGUCAGAUAAUCCCAUUCAUAAACUUUAUCAUGCUCUACUUUAAAACGAGUUAGGUGCUUUGUCCCCCAUUGCUCCUACUGGAAGACUCUUCCACAACCUCAGUUCUCUGGUCAUUAGAAGCCUAAUUUCUAGUCUGAAUUUAUUCAGAGCCAGUUUUUACUCAUUUCUUCUUGUGCUACAUUGUCCUUUAGCUUAAAUAGCUCUCUGCUUCCCUAGUGCUUAACCCCUCAUGUAUUUAUAGAGAGCAGUCAUAUCCACACUCAGCCUUCCUGGCUUGUUUAGCCUAGCAAAGCUCCUAGUCUUCUCUCAUAAAUAGGGUCUCCAUUCCCCUGAUAAUCAUAGUAACCCUUUGAACCUGUUCCAGUCUGACUGGGCUUUGGUUCCCCAUCCCCUAUCACUGGGCCUAUGAGACAGGCUGCAUCCUACAACUUCUGCCUCUUGGACAAUCUGCCCCCACCCACCACUGUGAGUCUAUCCCUCAGGUCAUAUGCUUACUUAUUUCAAAAUUUCUUUGUUUCAGAAUUCCUGCUUGCAGAUCUUGUUAGCCAGUACAUACAGAUUAGGCAUAGGGCAUACCAUAUGAAUAUCGUAUUAUACCCAGCAUGUGGGCAGUUAUGUUAACCAAAUUUAUAUUAUGUCUUUUCCACAGUUCUGUCCACAUUGCUCACUUAUGUCGAGAGAUUAUAUAUCUCACAACCCUCUUGCACAGCAAAACGUAGCUUUUGACAUUAGCAAAUAUAAAUUCUGUCUAAAGACAAGAUACGUUUGCUCUGUGUCUCAGUACAGGUUCCUUCACAGGCAACUUAUUUAAAAUGUAUCCAAAACAGAUAAGAAAAGGUACAGAACAACAAGUUAAGGGAAUGGUAGGUUGGAUCUUAUAAAGUGCUUUCUAACUUGUAAGCAACUGUGCUAUAGAAGUGGGUUUGGGGGUGUAUUUUGGGAAGCGCACUUAUGUGUGGCAAACUGACUUACUGCUAGAAACAGCUUCCUGGAAGGAUCAGUAACAUAGUAACUCCUUCCUGUGCUAUACUAUUGAUUUUUAGCAGUAAAUUGGCGUUUCCAGCAGGGCUGCUGCGUUGGUGAAAACUGAUUUAAAUGUUUCUUGAGGAGGGUCAAAAGUAGUCUCCUAAUAGUAGAUUCACUGUAUUGUCCAUAUGAGUGCUAGGCAAUUGAAUUAGAGUAAUUGCUGGGUUCCUGAAGAUCAGAUCAGAGUCCAGCCACAAUUUAAGCCGAGGGUUCCAUAGAGCCAGCCCCAUCACAAUACUCAAACAAGUAGAGAGAUGCACAGCAUUCAUAAAAUUAUAUUAAUAGCUCCCACAGUCUUCACAAGGAGCUUUUUAACAUUCACAACUAAUGCAUACCAUAGGCUUCUUAAAAAAAUAUACACAAAGUAAUUGUUACUCCUCCUCUGUCUGUGUUGUUCUAAGUUUGAUUUGCAUACACGCUGUAACCUGUGAACUGUGUUUUCAUGAAGCAAGACUACCUUGGGUUUUUACUAAUAAACCACUUGAAGUUUAAACUAGUAAUAUCAUGAUUUAAAAGUAUCCCACAGUAUAAAUUUAUUUAUAAAAUUAGUUAAGACAAACACUAUUUACUUAUUUUCAUUAUUAAAGCUGGUUUUGUUACUAGAAAACCAGACUGCGUUUGAAAGCUGGUCUGAAAUAUGCAAAGCUUAAGCUACUGUAUAUAUAAAACUACUGCACUUUGAUUUGAGUAUCAAUGGCAAUUUUAGUUCAGUAUUUAAUGCAUGGGAGUGGAGCAUGAAUACCUACCAGGCCCUGUAAAUUCUAAUAGAACUGUUAUCAAGAAGUUUGGACUACAGUGCUAUCUGGUACUUUUUAAUGAGCACAAAAUUCACUUUAAGAAUGUUGAUUUAAUAUAUUUAUUCAUAGUUUGCAGUAAUAUUGUAAUAAAUUGUACUUUCAUGGACUGUUAGCCACCUUGACCUUACUUUAUUUCCUCUUUCUCUGUCUUGGGUAUAAUUGACUAGUUUCAGAGACGUGGGUUUGUUUGUUUUUUUUUUCUUUUAAUUUUUUAAAUGGCGCCUAUCAGAAAAAAUAUUUUCUUUAUACCCCAAAUGAUGAAUUCUUCCCCUUUCCACUGCUUGUCUCCCUCCCCUCCUCCCCCCAAAAAAUAAAACACUCAUAGUCCUCAACUUCUGGCAGUACCAAUUUAGCAUCUAAUGUAGAUGUUUCAUCAGAAGGGAAUAAUCCCAGUUUUCCAAUAAGGAACAGCCGUCAAACAUUGGUGUAUCAUUUAGUUUAUCUGAUGCCCAUCAGCAUUGUCUCUUAGUCCUGUCUGUAAAGAACUAGCAUAAGAUGGGGCCUAAUGAGAUGACUUGAUUUCUAUUUCAUGGCCCUGUGUGCUUCUUUUUGGGCAGGUAGUCUGAUACUACAACAAUAAUUAGAGAGAUACUUUUUCCACUUCUGAGGCCUGUACAAUUGGAGUUAUGUUAUUAAGAGCCUCUGGCUUUGGAGGUAAAAGGUAUGAAAAAAUAUCUAUUUGUAAGCAAUGUUUCUAAAAGUUUUGGUCAAAGUUCGUUGACAUAAGAAGUGGCAUCAUUUGAAGCUUUACUAGCCUUCAGUUUGGGAGGACCUGCAAAACUUGCUUGUGGUUUUGGUGUUUUUCUUACAUUCAUGUCAAUAAAAGCUUUUAGAUUGUCUGUCUCAGUA